UUCUCAGGGAGUGUGUCGGGAUGCUAUGUUCCUUGACCCUCGACCUUUGGGGUCAGGAGGGGUCCCUGCCAAGUCCUCUGAGUUGGUAAGAGGAGAGCAUUGGAGCUGUUUUCCCCUUGAUGCCAAGAUCUGCCAAGCUAGGAGCACUCUGCUCCUUCCACAGUCAUCCACCAAGAACAGGCCUGCAGGACGUGGGGACCAAGCCCAGAGCUUUGCUGCACCCCAGGCACUCCCUGCCGUCUGGGAGCAUGGCCUGUGCCCGUAACUGAGCGUUGCCUGCGGGGCGAGGAACACCAGCAUGGUUCAGCCUGUUGGCUGCCAUCAGCCGCCCUGCUGCUGAAGCUGCACUGGAGAGACUUGUGGGGGCUGCUCUGCCCCUGCUCCCCCAGGCUGUGGGCCAGGGGCCCACACGGCUAGGAGGGAGGCCUGCCAUUCAUGGGUCUCUAGGGAUUUCCGAGAUGCCUGGGAAGAGGGGCUGGGGCUGGUGGUGGGCCCGGCUGCUCCUCUGCCUGCUCCUCAGCCUGUCUGGGCCCUGGGUGCCUUCCUCCCUGGGGAAGCCCAAAGGCCACCCUCAAAUGAAUUCCAUCCGCAUAGAUGGUGACAUCACUCUGGGAGGCCUGUUCCCGGUGCACGGCCGGGGCUCAGAGGGCAAGGCCUGCGGAGAACUCAAGAAGGAAAAGGGCAUCCACCGGCUGGAGGCCAUGCUCUUUGCUCUAGAUCGCAUUAACAAUGACCCAGACCUGCUGCCCAACAUCACAUUGGGCGCCCGCAUACUGGACACCUGCUCCAGGGACACCCAUGCCCUGGAGCAGUCGCUGACCUUUGUGCAGGCGCUCAUUGAGAAGGAUGGCACGGAGGUCCGCUGUGGCAGCGGCGGCCCGCCCAUCGUCACUAAACCUGAGCGCGUGGUGGGUGUCAUCGGUGCUUCGGGGAGUUCGGUCUCCAUCAUGGUGGCCAACAUCCUUCGUCUCUUCAAGAUCCCCCAGAUCAGCUACGCCUCCACAGCCCCCGACCUGAGUGACAACAGCCGCUACGACUUCUUUUCCCGUGUGGUGCCGUCGGACACGUACCAGGCCCAGGCCAUGGUGGACAUCGUCCGUGCCCUCAAGUGGAACUACGUGUCCACGCUAGCCUCGGAGGGCAGCUACGGUGAGAGUGGCGUGGAGGCCUUCAUCCAGAAGUUCCGAGAGGACGGGGGUGUGUGCAUUGCCCAGUCGGUCAAGAUACCACGGGAACCCAAGCCUGGGGAGUUCGACAAGAUCAUCCGGCGCCUCCUGGAGACCUCGAACGCCAGGGCGGUCAUCAUCUUUGCCAAUGAGGAUGAUAUCAGGCGUGUGCUGGAGGCGGCCCGGAAGGCCAACCAGACCGGCCACUUCUUCUGGAUGGGCUCGGACAGCUGGGGCUCCAAGAUCGCCCCUGUGCUGCACCUGGAGGAGGUGGCCGAGGGUGCCGUCACUAUCCUCCCCAAGAGGAUGUCCGUGCGAGGCUUCGACCGCUACUUCUCCAGCCGCACGCUGGACAACAACCGGCGCAACAUCUGGUUUGCUGAGUUCUGGGAGGACAACUUCCAUUGCAAGUUGAGCCGCCACGCGCUCAAGAAAGGCAGCCAUGUCAAGAAGUGCACCAGCCGCGAGCGCAUUGGGCAGGACUCGGCGUACGAGCAGGAGGGGAAGGUGCAGUUUGUGAUUGACGCCGUGUACGCCAUGGGCCACGCGCUGCACGCCAUGCACCGUGACCUGUGUCCGGGCCGCGUGGGGCUCUGCCCGCGCAUGGACCCUGUGGAUGGCACCCAGCUGCUCAAGUACAUCCGCAGCGUCAAUUUCUCAGGCAUCGCGGGGAACCCUGUGACCUUCAAUGAGAACGGAGACGCACCUGGGCGCUAUGACAUCUACCAGUACCAGCUGCGCAACGGCUCUGCCGAGUACAAGGUCAUUGGCUCCUGGACUGACCACCUGCACCUCAGAAUAGAGCGGAUGCACUGGCCAGGGAGUGGGCAGCAGCUGCCCCGCUCCAUCUGCAGCCUGCCCUGUCAGCCAGGUGAGCGGAAGAAGACGGUGAAGGGCAUGCCCUGCUGCUGGCACUGCGAGCCCUGCACGGGGUACCAGUACCAGGUGGACCGCUACACCUGCAAGACAUGUCCCUACGACAUGCGGCCCACAGAGAACCGCACGGGCUGCCAGCCCAUCCCCAUCAUCAAGCUUGAGUGGGACUCACCCUGGGCCGUGCUGCCCCUCUUCCUGGCUGUGGUGGGCAUCGCUGCCACGCUCUUCGUGGUGGCCACCUUCGUGCGCUACAAUGACACGCCCAUCGUCAAGGCCUCGGGCCGCGAGCUGAGUUACGUGCUGCUGGCGGGCAUCUUCCUGUGCUACGCCACCACCUUCCUCAUGAUCGCCGAGCCCGACCUGGGUACCUGCUCUCUGCGCCGGAUCUUCCUGGGGCUCGGCAUGAGCAUCAGCUAUGCGGCCCUGCUCACCAAGACCAACCGCAUCUAUCGCAUCUUCGAGCAGGGCAAGCGGUCGGUCAGUGCCCCGCGCUUCAUCAGCCCCGCCUCGCAGCUGGCCAUAACCUUCAGCCUCAUCUCCCUGCAGCUGCUGGGCAUCUGCGUGUGGUUUGUAGUGGACCCCUCCCAUUCGGUGGUGGACUUCCAGGACCAGCGGACGCUCGACCCCCGCUUCGCCAGGGGCGUGCUCAAGUGUGACAUCUCGGACCUGUCGCUCAUCUGCCUGCUGGGCUACAGCAUGCUGCUCAUGGUCACGUGCACCGUGUAUGCCAUCAAGACGCGCGGAGUGCCUGAGACCUUCAAUGAGGCCAAGCCCAUCGGCUUCACCAUGUACACCACCUGCAUCGUCUGGCUCGCCUUUAUCCCCAUCUUCUUUGGUACCUCGCAGUCGGCUGACAAGCUGUACAUCCAGACGACGACGCUGACGGUCUCGGUGAGUCUGAGCGCCUCGGUGUCCCUGGGGAUGCUCUACAUGCCCAAGGUCUACAUCAUCCUCUUCCACCCGGAGCAGAACGUGCCCAAGCGCAAGCGCAGCCUCAAAGCCGUCGUCACCGCCGCCACCAUGUCCAACAAGUUCACGCAGAAGGGCAGCUUCCGGCCCAACGGCGAGGCCAAGUCCGAGCUCUGCGAGAACCUGGAAGCUCCAGCGCUGGCCACCAAACAGACCUACGUCGCCUACACCAAUCAUGCAAUCUAGCUAGGCCACCGGAGCUGCACAGGAGGCGGAGAACAGACCCUUGUGGAUGGUGCAUCGGGCCAGCCCCCCCCACCCCCGCUGCAGGGGGGCCCAGCUUAUGUCCUAACUGCCUGUGGUCACCCACGGACGUGGCUUGGUGCUGAAGAUAGCACAGCCCCCAGCGGUCACUGCUGGGUUGCCUGGGCAAGCUGGGCUGGUGACAGGAGGAGGAGGAGGGGCCAGGGAAGCUUCAGACCACCCCAAGACCCUGUGUCCUGGACCAAAACCCCUCCCAGCCCCAAACCACAGGAGGCCCCCCUGCGCUGGUUUUCUCUCUCCCUCGUCUCUCUCCAUCCUAUUGGUGACCUUCUCAGUCUGUCUCCAUCCCUGUCUUUAUUUUCUCUUCUCUCUUUG